UCCUUGUUUUGUGUUGAUAGUCUUUGUGAUUGUCGGUAAAUUUUGCUGCAAAGUUGUCCCAAUUUGUCUGUUCGUGGAAUCAUUAAAUCCAACUAGUGCUCUGCACUUCAGGUGGCCGGAAUUCUAUCUCCUGUACUAUGUUACAACAAAAUUGCUACGCAUUGAAUUUUAACUAGUUUUAAAAUGAGAGGAAACAAGCGUAAACGAUCUAAUCAGCGGCAAAGUAAACCCGAUUCAAAACAAAACAAACAACCGAGGCGCUGUCCGUCGCCCCAGGAGGGAUGUUCCAAAUGGUUGUAUAAUUCCCCUGCUACAUCUAAGAAGAAUAAUCUGAGGUCCAGUACUGAAACAUCUUCACAAGGAAGUAUUGUGGAAUAUUUCCAAACUCGCUCGAAUGCACAUUUACAUGCAACUCCGAACACUUCUCAACAAGAUGAACAGAUUUCAACAAAAAGUCGAAAACCAAAAACUAACGAACGCACACAGGAAAGUAUUGAAGACAAGUGUCUUAAAAUGUCUUUGAAAGAAUUCCGCGACAAUACAAAUGUUGUAGACUUGAUCAAAAAUGACUUUCUGCAGCAAAAAUAUUCCGAAGAUAUCUUAAGGAAAAAGAUGAGCUCAAUAAAUAUAUAUGUUGCGCGGGUCUAUGAGGCUUACAGAAAGAACCCUGAAUACCGACGAGUAGCUAUGUUUGAUAAUUUGCGAAUAAUUUCAAGUUCACAAGAAUUAUCCGAUUCUGACAGUUUAUCGAGUGAUGCAUCCAAAGCCACUGUACUAUGCAGGAAAAACGAUGAGUCGGAAUUUGCAAAACCUUCCUCGGAAAAACUUGUAAGAAGUAUUGAACGAAAUAAUGUUAAAUAUAAUGCUAACCGAACAAGGGACGAGUCUCAAAUUGUGAAAGAAAAGCCUUGUCCAAUGUCGAAGAAGAGAAAUGGUACGAAAAGCUCUUCAAUCAAGGUGGAUCGCAAUUUGAGCCAGAAGGGCGAGUGUGAAUUCACAAAUAAAAACCAGUCGUCGCAGCAAAGCGUGGAAGACAUGUGCCUACGUAUGUCCUUACAAGAAUUCCAUAAAAAUACGAAUAUUGUGGAGUUAAUCGAAAAUCAUUUUUUGAGCCAAAACAAUUCAGAGGAUACUAUAAAAAAGUUGUUUGGAAUCAUGCAUGUGUAUGUAGAACGAGUUUAUAAUAAAUACGUAAAAACACCAGAAUACCGACAAGAAGCCAUGUUUAAAAAUUUGAAGAUAAUCUCACCUUCAGAAUCUUUAUCUGUGGAAGAAAGUCUGUCGUCUAAUACGUCUCGGACAAACGCGAGAAAAAGGAAACGAAGAGAAGCAGAUGAAAAAUCCGAUUCGCCCAUUCCUCCCAAGUUGCGUAGAUCUCCUAGGAAGUCGAGGGAAGCUAAUGACUCAAUAUUGAACAUAGAAACAUGCAGCAAAAGCGGUGUAGCCAGAAAGAUCCGACCUAAUCUGCAAGACGAAAAUUCCAGUAAUACAACAGAAGUAUCUAAGGGGAAGGAUAAUUCUCAAACACCACCGGAAGCUAGACAUAAUUCGGACCGCAACAAAAAAAUGAAAAGUUUUUUUGAAGAAAACCCGGGAAUUACAAGGCUUACGGACGAAGAUAAUCCCCCUAAAUCACCAGUAAAAGAAUAUUCUUUUUUGAAGGAGAAGGAUGAUAAAAUUUCAAUGUUGAGUGGUGAAAAUUCGCUUGAAGUUUCUGGUAACGGUUCAAAACGCACAAAUGAAAAGAAUAGUUCCGAGCUGAAUGGAAGAAGUGAUUCACCAACAAGUGGAAUUGAUUAUAGAAGUGGACAAGAGAGAAAGCAGAGCGUCUCACCACGAAAGAGACGAACAGAAAACUUUUCUAAUCCUACUUCAACAUACGUAGAAACCGGUAAUUCAGAGUUAUCUAAUAUAGAUAAUGUAGAAUUUAAUCUAAUCGAAAAAAGUCAGCUUUGUGAUGAUGCUUCUAUCGGAGUAUCACAAGAAAUAAUGGCAGAAAAGGUACCAAAUUCUAUUGAAAACAUCGAAAAUAGAAUUCGGGAUCAGUAUGAUACUAAUAAAACACCACAAUCGGAAGAAGCCAAAAUAUAUCUCAAAAUGUCGUUGGAGGAAUUUAAAGAAUUCACAAAUAUCGCUGAAGUAGUCAAAGAUUAUUUCAUGCAGAAAUAUUCAAAAAUAAUAUCGAAAAAAAUGAUGGACGUGUAUAUCAAGAAAUUGCAUAAUAAAUAUAUUUCGAAACCUGAUUAUUUAUAUAAUCCAGUGUUAAAGAAUCUACGUAUUAUUUCAAAGUCACAAAUACCUGAAGUGGAAGGCUCAUUAAUGUCUAUCUCGAGAAAAAGGAAACAUACUUCGCUAAGUGAGGAGUGUUCUCCUGAAAACUCUCAAAUUACCAUGGAACAUGUAGAGUAUCAAAGUCCAGAAAAUAGUACAACACCAAACGGUGGAUUGUGUAGUGACAUUGCAGAUGCCAAAGAAAAAAAAGACAACUUUUGCAUAAUGGCAGCACAGGACACACAUACUUCUGAGGUAACUCUCGAGAAAAGUAAUAUCUCAGAACAAUCUGUGAAAGUAAAUGAAAAUUUGGAAAAACAAACGACUCCGGCGGAUAAGAAGAAUAUGAAUAAAGCUUCGGAUUAUGGGGCAAACAUAAUGACAGCAGGUCUUUCAUCAGAACUCGAAAAUAGGACAGCGUUUACUCAAUCUCAUUAUGUAAAGCCAGUUCAAGAGAAAGCAAACAACGACCUAAGUGAUGAAAAUGGCCCAUCCGGAUUGAUUUCGAAUGUAGCAGAAGAUAUAGAAGAGGAUAUUCAUUCUGUAUUGACAAACGACGAUCAAAUUGAGAAAGCAAACAACGACAUGAGUCAGUGUAAUAUAAGAGAUGAAAGUAGUUUGCCCGGAUUGAUUUCGAGUGUAGCAGAAGAUACAGGAGAGGGUAUUCAUUUAGUAUCGGAAAACGUCGAUCGAGUUGAGAAGCCUAAUCCACACACAGAAAAACAAAGUUCCAACUACCAGAAGAAGAAUUUUAUAGAAUGUACAAGCAAAGAAUAUAGUGAAAUAAUUGAAGAAAAUUGUCCAAAUAUAACUAUUUCACCACAAAGAAUUAAUCUUAAUGAAGAGCUCUUCUCUGUGUCGCAUGAAACCAACAAUUCUCAAUUAGGAGAUAAUCCAAUUACAUCAACAGUUGAAAAAUCUAGUUCGAUAUCGAAGCAACAGACAUCGAUUGGCUCAUCUCGACAGAAUGUCUCUGCUGAUUCCGAUAAAUCGAGCAGAAAUGAACAACAUCGGGAAACCACUGCUACAGAGGAUACCAAAUUCUCUAACACCGCAACUUCGGAAAAACAUUUAGAGACUAGCAGCGCUGUCUCUGAAAAUUCUUCAAACGUUGGACUCGGUUCGAAACGGGUUAAAACGAUGGAAGAAAAUAUAAACGGUGUACGAAUUAUUUCUAAAUUUAAGACAGCGAUCGAAGAAAGCGAAAAAACUCCCAAUAAACAACAGCGAACAACAACAGCAACGAGCCCAGAAAGUCCUCAAACGACCUUACAGCGAGGACCAACAACAACUGUGAUUACCAUUAAGAUAAGGAAUGAUAAAUUGAAUAUUAAAAAGCUUGCUGAACGACUUGCUGCACUCUUCAGCUCACGGAGUCUAUUUACUUCAUCCGAUUUGUCUUGCGAAAAGGACAGUAGCAGUUCGGAGACAACUAGAACAUCGAAGGAUGAUGAGAAGGGGUCGCAGAGUAACGCAUCAAACCGACCACCGAGCCUGGAAAGAGUUGAAUUGAACACUAGUCGCGAUGACCUCAACAUCACGUCUGAAGUAUCUUUCCAUAAUACCAGCCCGAAUGCCAAGUUAAGUCAUCCUAAAGAGCAAAACAUUAUAAGCCAGGAGUCAUCGGAGGUGGAGCAGAAUGACAACAUAGCGGAUACUUCCACAGUGAAUAGUUCGACUUCUAAUCACGGAAACAGAGAAAGUGAUGAUGUAGUCGAAAAGGAUAAUUCAUAUCUAGUGGAAAAGUCAAUAGUUGACUUACAGCCAUUGAAUGAAAUGAUUUCUGGCAAAACGGGAGAAAAUAACUUUGCAAUGGAUACUAGUAAUCACAGCCACCCUGGCUCAUUCAACGUUGAGCAAAAUAUCUCUUUGUCAACUAAUUUAACGAGGGCAGAGGCGCCACAAACAUCUCAAAGUGAAGAAAGCGGAUUAUCGGAUAGAAAUGACAAUGCCGAUAAUGAACAAACCGAAAUUGAGAAAAGCCAAGACAAUAUCUUGAAGGAACAUAAUUAUAAUAUUGAAAUCCCCAUUAAGCAGGAAAUAGAAUAUUCGCAAUACAGUGAUGAAGUAGAAUAUAUUCCAAACCCCGAAAACGUAGUUACUGUUAUUGAAGAUUUAGAACCCAACACUGAAAAUUUGUUGAAUGAAAUGUAUAAUGCAAGUGAUCAGGACGAUGCAAAUAAAACUCUACUGAAUUUACAUCAACAGUUUGAAAACUCAGAACUGGAAUAUACUUCUAAUAAAGGCAGACCUUCACUAUUAACAUCAAAGUUGAUUAUUUCGGAAACCGAGGGUGAUUGCCCUUCUAAAUCCGAUCAGAUGAAUUUGGCGCCAGUUGUAAUAAAGAAGGGAAUGCCUUCGUCAUCUUAUAGCUCACGAGAAAAUGAUGCCGAUUAUGAUCCUAUCGAAAGUCCUUUAGAGCAAAAUUUGGUUGAGGAAAGGAGGAUUUUAAAUAACUCAGAAAGGAUUCGAGAGAUUUCUACAUCUACACCGAUUACAUCAUUAGAUGCGGCGGCUAAUAUCUCUACUAUUGAUAAUAUAAAUGAAGCAGCGGUGCACAGUCAGUUGAUUAAUGGGCAUUUGGAUGAAGUGAAAAAGAUACAUACAAAGUCCACUUCUGAGUUAUAUGAUUCGGGUUCUGAGGCCGAUAAAACUGGCAACGACACAGUCAUUGAAAGAGAAAACUCAAAGGAAGUAGGCAUACCUGCAUCAGAGGAGGAUGGGGUUUGCGAAAGAAUAAACUCAGUAAAUAAUGCACAGCAAACUGAAAACGGUAUUUCUGAAAUGACAUUGAAACAAGAAAUAAAACAGGAAAUAGACCUAUCGUAUGGCGAAGAUGUCGAAUGUCUCGACUACCUGCAAAGGGAUAUAUUCAUUCUUGGUGAUUCGGGCGAAUACAACUUGCAAAGAAAGGAAAUGGCCGAGAUCAUAGAAUCUCAGAAUGUGUAUGUCUUGCCCAGAAUUCCCCCCCGACUAAAUAUGCGUGAUAGUCAAAGUGCAGAUUCAAGUAAUAAUGCAGGUGCUAAAAUUCAUGCUGGUAAUAAUAACACAACACAGGAAAACGGAAAUCUCUCAUUAGUCAAAGCCAAAGCGCUCGUUAGUACACAAAUGCAAACAUCUCAACUUGUUAACAGAGGUCCUCAAAACUCCGAGAAAAUAAAUAGUUCUAUCGACGAUAUUGAUCCGGAUAUUGAUUCGAAGAACAAAAGUGUUACUAAUGAAUUAUUCUAUACAAGUUUUGGAGAAAAUCUUUCAAUAACUCAGCUAAAUGAAGUUAAACAAUACUUGUUAAAUACUGAUGAAGAAAAUGUGUUGACUGGUGGUAUUUCAAUGCCGAAAUCACAAUUAUCGACUCCAAUAAUGUCCAGUUUAGGCAGUGAUGAAAAUAUUUCUUGUAGUAAUGAGCAUACAAAUUUAACCCCGAAUUUGAGUACGUCGAACGAAGAAAUUCCUCCAUCGUCUGAGCAGGUAGAUGGUGUUGCUAUUCAGACUGCUGCGAAGGAAAACUCAACUAAAUCUCAAAUAGCGGUUGAAAAGCAAAUCACACAGAGCCCUUCAAGGGAAUCUACAUCUGAACCAGGACAAAGUUUUUCUCAGCUUGCGCCUGAAUCGGUGUCAGUAACAACUAAAAGUAGAAAGCAGUUAUCCUUUGAAUCAUCAGCUAAAAACGAAGGUUAUUUAAGCGAAAAAUUACCCCAUGAAAGCACUGUAGAUCGCGAUUACUUAAUUGAAGAUACGAGUCCCGAUCCCUCUCCUCCUACUCAUUCGCAGUUGUUGAAUGCUGAUCUAACUUACGUUUGCAAUAUUCCUAUUCCUUCUGAUGAGGCGGACAAUAAUAGAAAAAGCCAAGAACUCGUACGCGAGAACGAAAACACAAGAAUGUUACAAAUGUCUCGUGUUAUUGAAAAUCAAGAAAAUAACGACCGUAUGUCUAAUGGCUUAGGAUAUCAAAUGAACUUCUACACUCCAAUUGAACCUCGAAACUUUGCCUAUCUCACAUAUCUUGACGUAAACAGCGUGAAUCUCGGGAAAGAUGUUAGAAAAUUAUUUUAUAAAAGCAACACAACGUUCAUGGAAUGUUCGAAAGAGGUAUCGGCGAAAGUCAUCAUAAAAUUUACUAUGGGACGUCUUCAUACGUUAAAAAUUCUAGGGAACACUUUGCAAAUAUUGCUAGGAUUAUCAAACAAAGAAUGGGGUUCUGUCUUGAGAUUAGUUAAAACAAUUGAACAGUUUGAAUUCUCAUCAGACGAUCCAGAACCGAAAACUCAGUCUAUUCCAUACAAAAUACUUUACUAUUUAUUUAAGACUUUGCCUAAAUUUUCUCAAGCCACUUUACGAUAUGAAAAGACGUUCGCUAACGAUGAAGCGUAUUGUGUACAGAUUGAAUAUUCCAAGCCAGUUAAAUCGCUCACAGAAGCACUGAAUCCCCUGAUUCAGGAUAAAAUGGAGGUGCUAAGAAAAAAGUGCGCACUGAUUUCUUAAUUAUUUAUUUUGAAUAGUCUCUUGUGUUUUAAGGUCUUUUGUUAGAAUAUUUUAAAAACGAUCUGGUUUUGACAAGAAUAAGUUGGGUUGCAUUUAAGCCGAAAAAUAUGUUUGUGUGUAGCGUGAUAACUAAUUUUAUGGAUGCAAAUUGAAAGAAAUAAUUAUUGUUUAGU